AUGGAGUCGAACUCAGCUGCCAGUUCAGUACUUGUCACCCCCUUGGCAGUUGAUGAUGUGUUUCGUCAUCGGACAGUCCCUGAGGUGCAGGAGCUGCUCCGGCAACUCCAGCUGCAGCAGGCAAACGACGUGGAGGAGUUGCGUUCCCUUUUAGGCGUCCGUUACCUUUCUUUUCUCGAGGGUCUGCCGGAGAUUAACCGCAUGCAACAGUCGGCUGAAGAGGCGUUAGAGGAUGCUAGAGCUUUUGGCGCUGGCCUCCGCCGCCUUGCAAACGCUUUGGGCAGUGCUGCCGCCGAAGUGGGGGAGCAGCACUCGCGUGAGCACCAGCAGUUGCGCGUGGAGGAGGAGCUAUCGCUGCAGAACAGCACUCCCCUAGAUGACUUUCUCUUCUCCUGCGAAGUGGACGCCUCCCCACCCGUCGGUUACCCUCUUCCCCAUCCAGAUCAGAGGAAUGAGCCAGCUUCCAGUUUUCGUGUUUACUCUUGCGUAAGGGAAGAACAAAGGGCUCUGCAGGGACGCGUAGAUUCACUCCAAUAUUUGCAACAGCAGCUCCUACUGUUGCCUUCCCGAGUGUGGGAAGCCGCCAGAUGCCAAAAGUUCCUCGGAGCGCUCCGCCUCAUAUACAUUGAGGGGACCGAACAAGCGGCAGCCGCAAGAGCUGCAGUCCGUGAACUCCAGCAGCAGCACCAGCAGGGGCUGAUACCAGCACAGCAGAGUUUAAAACGGCAGCUCUCAGGUUGCUGGGCUUUGGCCCAGCAGGCAUCUCGCAUGUUGCCCUCUCUCAUUGCCUCUCUGCGUGCCCUCGCACUUCGUCAGCUGGCGUGUCCGGAAUUAUCACUUCCUGUGGUGGCAGAUGCAGCUGCGGCAGCGACGCUCAUCUACCUCUUGGAAAAUAGGCGUGAUGUGGGAGAGACUUGUCAGGAAGCAAGGAAAGUAUUGAGCGAGUCAGCAGCGCGGUGGUUGCUUGGAGUUUUCUUUUCGGCACGUGCUCAGGCUUUGGAGUCCAUCAUGGCGAAAAAGGAAGAUGGGAAGGCAGGAGCAAUGCCUUCGCCGGCGCCUGCGGAUCGUGAGGGAAGCGACGCUGACAGGCGCUCAGACACGAUACGGCCAGCAGUUGACGCGGCAGAGUCUAUGUUGGUGGCUUUUUCUGCUUCUUUAGAGGCGGCAUUUUUCCUCUUCUCUCCCGAAACAGCAAAAAGCCUUGUUCCGGGGACUGCCAUUAUGUCACGCGAAGAUAUGCCAGCCACUUGUGGUGUGGCAGACACCUUUGCAGCGAUGCGUGCGGCGGAGGGUGCAUUCGACGAUGCCAAUGUGGUCGACUCUCCCGAUAUCUCAUGGGCAUUGCGUGCUCUGUCAGGGGUCUUUGGCGUGUUUGCCGUCCAACCAUGUUGCCAGAACGGCAACGAAAGGGAGUGGGGUUGCCCGUGCUGCUGCGGAAGCAACAGUGCUCUGUGCCCCAGAGCGAGGGUGGCCUCCUUUGUUGAACAGUGGAGCGCUUCGUUAAGGGUGCAGCUAUGUUGUCUUCCCGCAGAAGACCCUCGGCGAAGUCUCAGGGACAUCCGCGUCUUCUGGCUAAUGCUUAUGGAAAAACUUAAAAGACGCGGUACCCGGUGGCAGCUUCCCGAAGCUCCGCUGUUUUUGGUCGGCGAAGCUCCUCUUAGCCAUUCCCCCAUUUCCAGUACAUCUCCGCGAGAGCACGACUGGGCCCUUUGUGACAGACCUCUCUGCCCCUCCGUUUUGAAGCUGCUGAACGCCCUUGGGGCGUCGUGUAGCAACACCUGUAUUUCCAUCUCGGAGAGAUGUGUGAGAGCGUUGCCGCUUCUCAGCUGCAGCACACUACACGACGAAGUUAAGGAUGAGCGGUCCCAAAAUGUCUUUGAGAAGGGCCUUUGGCAUCAUUUGGUAGACAUGGCUGAGCUGUGUGGAGGGGCAGAAGACUCACAGGAUCGCCGAGCUGCUCUUCCACUUCGCGCUGCCAUCGCUGCCUCAUUUCUUCAGUCUUUGGAGGAAUGUACGGCUCCCCUGGCAGGUAGAGCUAGCGCUGCUGUGGCAACAACUGUUGAUUCACGGUCUAGCGAUGGAUAUACACAAGUUAAAGACACGUGUUCAGCACUUAUCGUGGAUGCUCGAAGAGUUGAGUGGCUGUUUCUUGCUUAUCGCGAAGCAGACACCCCUACAAACAAUGAUCCGAGCGGGGAUGCCUGUCGACGGAAACUUGCCUCAUUCCUGGCCGACUGGAUAUCUUCGGGCUCUCAUCCCCAAGGUGUUCCAGAGGGACGCUCUGCAAGCCCCAAUAACGGAGGCAGGGCAGAUGAGGGGGAAUGCUCCGACGUUGUCCAAGCGAUUGCCGCCGCCAGGACUGCUGCGCAUUCUCUCCUUCCUACCCUUUGCUUCUCAUCAUUUAUUGGUUACGCUGUUGGGUUUUGGCCAUUUGUGAGGAAUUUGGUGGGAGAGUUGCAGAAAUCAUGGCAGUGGCAUAGAAAAGUAUCGGCUACUGUGGCUUUUGAAGGUGCCGGCUCGGCCGGAGCAUCUGCUGUAGACAUAUCAGGCGGUGCCAUGUCAUUCUUGCUGGAGCUUAAUCGGCACCUAUCAUCAGUUUCACGGAGCGUGAGAGUGGAGAGGAUAUCAGACUCGCCGCUCUUGUCCUUUGCAAUGAAAGCUGUCGCUGCACAAGCAGUCGCGGAGGCUGCUUCUGCUGCAGUUGCUGAGAUAAAGGACCUGGAUCACCAGCAGCGGCAGGAAGGGGAGAAUGCUUCGUCAUCUUCUCAGAGCCACUUGCUGCAGUUACUAGUUGACAUCGAAUUGGUAGCCGAGGCAUUGGAUGAGUCAUCACCGCUACAGCAGGCAUAUGGGCCUUCUUGUGGCGUUGGUGCGCUACCCCAGGCGCUACAAAUGGCAAUAAAGGCCGGGCUAGGCGGCGCGCGAUGCGCAGAUCCGUUAAGGAAAGCAGCAGAGGAUGGACGGCAGUGGCUGCAGCCAUCUUUUGCAAAAGUGCUAAAGAGACGAUUGGAGACGGGAUUCACAGCGUCCAACUCUCUCAUUUGGGGGCUAUCGCUUCCAAGCAGAUCUGAAUCAGGCCGCAUCCCAAGUGCCCCGACUAGCAGUAGAGGCACCGGAAGCGCCUUCCAGCUGCCACUCCUUGAGCCGCGUGAACGGCUCUCCCUCUUACCUGUUGCUCCACUUCCAGCCUUCGAGAUGUUCCUUCGUUCAUCGUCUUACGAAAAAUGCGACACAGCGGCACAACAUAAGCCUGCGGCAUGCAAUGCAAAGGAUGAAGGGGAGCAGCAGCAUGCGCCAAAAGAGGCGCCAAAACAGCUACACAGGCUGAGGCUGGAUGACGCGGUGGACUCUGUAUCGCGCGGUUUGCAGUCUUGGCUGAAGCGUGGAUCUUCUGAUACCGACGGCUCAGGCCUUUUCCCAUCGAGGUUAGGAGGCAGUGCUUCUUCGGGUGCAAGCAAGGGUGUUACAGCUGUUGCUGCGGCUGGCAGCGGACUAGCAGAGGCGUGGGCUAAGCAGGUAGGGCACGUCAGUGCUCUCAUCGGCCACCACGUCGAAUCAGUGCAGAGAGCUUCGCAGGCAGCAGGCUCUGUGCAGAGGAAUGGAAAGCAAGUCUCUGCAAACGUACCAGCAAGCCUAGCUGCCGAAUAG